AUGCCACCCGUCGGUCCCCGAGUUUCGAAGGAGGAAUUCAUCCACGCUUUGGGCUUGAACCCCCAUGACCCACAACAUGAACAGUACUACCGUGCCAUGCGAGACGAAGCAAUCAUGGUUUACAACCAUAUGAACCAAGAUACCUCACACCUCCUCGACAGCGUCCGCGCCGACCCUAAUACCCGCCCUCCCUUCUUCUGGCACCACAUCCUCCCCGACCACCAGCGCUGGGCCAUCAUGGAGAUCUGGCGCAAUGCCGGUCCUCUCACUCGACCUCUCUUUGACCGCGGCGCUACCAAUAGCGAAUAUGGACCCAACUGGGUGGCUGGCUGGUUAUUGUACAGUGUGUUCCGCUCGCGGGAUGUGAGAAAUAAUCGGAACCGGAGGAAGGGGGAGAACAAUGGGGUCGUUGCCGAUGUUGACAAAAGACCCAGGCAGGUCGAGGAGGCUCCAAAGAAAGGUUACUAUGACCCUGUGCGGAAUGGGACACUUUAG